AUGACUGAAGAAGAACAGAUGCCGAUCAUUCCCGUAAAGGAACCCUUGGAUCUUAUCCGGCUUAGUUUGGAUGAAAAAAUUUACGUAAAAAUGCGAUACGAACGAGAAUUGCGAGGACGAUUGCAUGCGUUCGAUCAACAUCUGAACAUGGUGCUGGGCGAUGCCGAAGAAACAGUCACCACGGUAGAGAUUGACGAAGAAACCUACGAAGAGGUGUACAAAACCACCAAACGCACCAUUCCAAUGUUGUUUGUGCGUGGCGAUGGAGUCAUACUGGUUUCGCCGCCAAUGCGUGUUGGCAGUUAA